UUUCAUUCUUUGACACAGCCACAGACCGGCUUGUCUACAUAACAUCCAGGCUGUAAAGCCCUGAUAGCAGCACGAUAUGCCAGUCAUCCUGACUUCAUCAUUUUUUAAAUAGCGGCCGUUGCUGUACUGUGGUUUGCUGUGAGGCAGCAGGUUACAGUGAAACAGUAGGAGAGAGAGAAGGACACCUGCUCACACACUGUGUUUAGCAACUUGAGAGCUAACUGACGGAAACCACAUGGAUCCUCAAAACAGCACUAACGACGUAAACGCUGAGGAAAAUAUGUUGCUGACCCACGCCAGGACUCUCCGGAUCCACACCGGGAAUCUGGUGAAUAGGAAUCGCCUGAAAAAGAAGUGUCCAUCCUCUCCCAGCGAGGAGCUUCGAGACUGCAUUCAAGCUACACUGAGUGACUGGCUUUCCAUGACUAAGCCACCAUCUGAGGACCUUACAGAUACGCUGGAUUGUUCUGUUCCACAAGCAACAGAUGUGAUUACACCUGAGGAGAGGGAGGAGGUGAAGGUCUCAGUCAAACUGUUCCUGUGUGACCCGAUUCAGUCCUCGAUCAGAGAUGCUGUGGAAUUGGGCUGCCAGACACUGGCGGUGUCCCAGCUUGACUCUGUGAUCAUAGCACCACCUGCGCUUGUGGAGGGUGAUAGUUUAACAUUGGCCCAUCUUCAGCCAACAUGGGAGGAGUUGGAGACACUGGUCAGGAGCCAACGUAUUGCUGCUAUUGGCACCUCUGACCUGGACAAAGAUCUGCUGGAACAGCUCCACACCUGGGCACAGGUGAAGCCCAGCAGUAACCAGGUAAACCUGGCCUCCUGCUGUGUGAUGCCUCCUGACCUGACAGCCUUUGCUAAAGAGUUUGACAUCCAGCUGCUCACACACAGCGAUCCAAAAGAGUUGAUGUCAGCUGCUGCCUUUCAGGAGGCAGUACAGGAGGGGACACAGGACCUGAAUGUGGUUGACUGGAGGUUGGAGUGGGUCCUACGCUACUCCAUUAUUGUCAAGAGCAGAGGCAUCAUCAAGUCUAAAGGCUAUCUUGUCAGUGCAAGGAAGACAAACCCUUAGCACACUCCACGAGAGAAGAAGACGCAGGGAUGAAACCAUGUUCCUCCUUUUUCAUUCACAUUCACACACACACAUACAAAGUAUGCAGUUUAUAGCUUUGAGAGUGGGAUGUUGCCAAUCAAAAUAAGUCUUGAAGUCAUUGUUUUAUCUCACAGAUAAGUUUGCAUCUUCUUCAUCUGUGAUUUGUUCUGGUUCAUAGAUGCAGAUGUUCAUUACCAUUGUCUCAGUGAGAUAAAAAAAGAAAAAAGAAAAUGCAUAUGGAAGUUAAAUCCCAUGGUCAGUUUGUUAGAGAAAGACCGUAAAUUGUUUCAUAGGUUUUCACUGUGACCAGCACGCUUACAGAUCUAUACAGAUUUACCAACACGGUAAAGGCUAUGUUAAUUAAUACAUAAAUACACACAUAAGUACAUGGUAGUUGCUAAACAUUGAUCGAAAGUGAAGGUUCUUUGACCCUGUGCCUCUCAGUGCCUCUAAUAUUUUGCUCUCACAUUUGCUUUAUCUCUGUUGUUUUUGUGUACAUCGAGCUCUGUAUAUGUAACUCAGAAUGAAAGGUUUAUUAUAGGAAAAGCAAAGCAAAUCUUUUUUUGUGAAAUAACUAUUCCAAACAUUUUGAAAGGAGAAAUAGAAACCCAUCUUGUCUGAAACAAGUUUUAUAUUUGUGCAAUUAUGAUUAUUAUUGCUGUGUGUAAUAACACCAUUUGCAUUCCAUAAGUGAGAAAAAAAAACAUGCACUUUUUCAAACCCAACUACGUAUACGCUGUUUAUUUUAUGGUGCAGACAGAUUUUAGACUUUUAACUGGAAAAUAUGUUUUUUGAUGGUGCAUUGAUAAAUACCCCCCCCAUGUACAUGAAAAAGAAAAUUACAAAAGUUUUACUGUAAUCAAAUGCUAUCUUUAUGACCUGGCUUUAUUAAAAUGGUGAAAGGUAUAUAUAUAUA